AUGAACUACGUUCCAGCAAAUACUCUUAGAUCAUUUUCAAAUAAGAACUUGAUUCUUCAAUAUUUAGCAAGUUUUUCUGGUUUUUAUUUUGGAAUUAAGGCAGUCGAUUUCUUCAUAUUCGAUAAUGAUAAAUAUAUUGUCUAAAGAGAAUAACUUGAAGAUGAAUUUUGGGCUGCUAAUGGCGAGCCAAAAGAAAUAAAGCCUUAUUUGGUCCCUUCCCAUAUACCAGGCAAAGAAGGAUAAAUGAGAAAAUCAUGGAUUUAUAUUAUGUAUGAAAAAGAUAUGCUUGUUAAAAAGAAAGAUGAAUUCGAUUGA